GAUGUGUUUUGUAGAUGAUUCAGAAAUAUCUGAUAUUCCCACAGUGUCAAAUGUUCAACAAGAUCUUACACCAUGGCAAGAGAGACAUGCCAAACUUGUUCUCUCCAAUGUCAAGGAAAUCUCAAAAUUAAGGUACGAAUUAUGCCCACGUUCGAUGAAAGAAAGGAAAUUCUGGAGGAUAUACUUCAUUCUAGUUAGCAGUCAUGUGGCUCCGUUUGAAAAGCGAUUCAUGGAGGAGGCUAAGAUAAAACCUCACGAACAAGGGAGAGAGACCAAACUGAGCCGAACUUCAACAGCUCGUACGUCUUUUAAUACAGAUGUGGGAAUAAUGAGCGAAAGAAGUAACACCUCUUCAACCGCUGACCUCGAUGUAUUUCUUCUGGGAGAUCUGGGCGAAACAGAUGAUGAACUAGAUAAUGGAGAUGGAGACUUUGAUCACGAUGAUUUUUUAUGAGAUUUAUUUGGAAGGCGCAAAAGGAUAACAGAUGAAGAUGGGAUCGAUGGUUCAACAUAACAUAAGGUUUUCCAUAUUUGGAUCUUGAAGAUAUAAGCAUUCCCAACAAUAAUCUACCUAUCUACCCUUGUUAUUUUUCAUCUAUAUUCAUAUCCUUGUUGACUCCAUCUUAGUCUAAUUUCUCUCUCGCUCGCGAUUUAUCCGAAGAGAUGUCUUUAGUGUACGAGUCCCUCA